AUGAUGGCUGCAACGCCGUCGUUCAUCAGAGCGGUGCCUGAGGAGGCAGAGCUUCUGUACAUCGCGCCGGAGAGCCUCUUUGAUGACAUAGUCAGGGCUGAGGCGGACAGAAUUUCUCGUCCGGAGAACGUGCGGAACCGUAUUGUGUACGACAGCGUUGGUGACCCAAACCAGAUUGAGCCCACAGCCUUCGUGCCUGCCAUAUCGACUUCUGCGCAGGAUCCUCGGGGGACGACACCAAGUGGGCCGGCCCUGCUUGUGACGCCAUACUACACGCCAACAGGCCCGGAGGACCGAACACUGGUAUUUGAGAGCCGGUUUGAAAGCGGCAACCUUCGUCGCGCCGUUCAGGCGUAUGAGUUUGAGUAUGACCUUAUUCUGAAUCCUGACUACAACACGAAGUCGCACACGCAAUGGUACUUCUUCCGGGUGGGCAAUACGCGCAAGGGGCCAGAAUACCGCUUCAACAUUCUGAAUAUGGUCAAGCCAACGUCCGUCUACAACGAGGGAAUGCGGCCACUUCGGUAUUCCUCCAUCGAUGCAGCCACCAAAGGCAUUGGCUGGGCGCGUUGUGGUGACAGGAUAGCCUACUACCAGAAUGGCCUGCGCAGGCAGAAGGGCGCCAACUAUUACACGCUGACUUUUACGGUAACCUUUGAGCACGACUGCGAUGAAGUUUACUUCUCGCAUUGCUAUCCUUAUACCUACACUGACCUUCAAUUAGAUCUGCGGGCACUGGAGAAGGACCCGAACAUGGUCCGACGUCUUCGGCGGAGGAAGCUGUGCGACACACUAGCAGGGAACGCCUGUGAUCUUAUCACGAUCACUUCUUUCUGUGGAGAUCCGGCCGCCUUGAAGGCCAGGAGGGCUGUGGUCAUCACAGCUCGCGUUCACCCUGGAGAGUCAAAUGCUUCCUGGGUCAUGAAAGGUAUCCUGGAUUACCUGACCGGGGCAUCGGUAGACGCCAGGAUCCUGCGAGACAACUUUGUCUUCAAGAUUGUUCCGAUGCUGAACCCAGAUGGCGUCAUUGUUGGGAACUAUCGGUGUUCUUUGGCUGGCCAGGACCUAAACCGCCUCUGGGACGAGCCGAGCCGCAAGAUGCACCCCACCAUCUUUUUCACAAAAAGCAUGUUCCGCCACUUGCUAGACGACAGAGAUGUCAUCUUGUACGUGGAUAUCCACGGGCACAGCCGCAAGAAAAAUGUGUUCAUGUAUGGGAACAGUGAGAGCAAUGGGCUUCGCGAAAAGAUUUUCCCUGGGCUUCUUUGCCGAAGCUCAGACUGUUUCAGUUUCGAUGACUGCUGCUUCAAAAUCCAGAAGAGCAAGGAGUCCACUGCUCGGGUUGUCGCAUACAAAGAGCUAGGCGUGGUGAAUUCCUACACAUUGGAGGCAUCCUUCUGUGGUGCAGACUUUGGCCCACUGGGUGAGCAACAUUUCACAACCCGACACCUGGAGGAGAUGGGCUACAUGGUUUGCGAUGCGAUUCUGGACUUCUGCGACCCAGACCAGGGAAAGGUAAUGCUUGUGUGCAAGGAGCUUCAAGGUCUCUUUCCAGAUGAUGGCAACUCGGACGACGUCUCUGAUUCUGAGGAUGAUGGUGCAGCUGCCCUGCGACGCAAGAAGCGGGCAGCCCGGAAGGCGGUGAAGCAAAGAGAGAAGCCACAGAAAAAGAAGAAGCCGGCCAGGAGCGAUGGGCGUGCCAAAAUGGAUUCGGAGGAUGUCAACAUGGAAGAGGACAGGCGGAGAGAGAACAAAGACAAGUCAGCACGCAACGCAAUGAACGCAAUGAGAAAGGCAUCUCGCCGAGACCCGGGCGAGGAUUCCAACGCUGCUGGCUCCAAUGCACCAGAGAUGUCAGAUGCUGAAGAUGCCAAAGGCAAGCGAAAGAAGCCAAAGAAGAAAGCUGCCAAAAGCAGAGCGGUCAUGUCUUCACGGGACAAAGAUUCCAAGGAAGCCAAAACCCCGAAAGAUCGGUCAAGAGCAGAACCUGCGCUGGAAGAUGACCCUCCAGAACUUGCAG